CUUGUAACUUUCUGCCCUCCCUCUUGGCGUUAAUUUCCUAACAAGAAAACCGAACUUUAUUACUUCAGUCUUUCUAAAGCGAGUCGUUCUGUUCAUACACAACAGAAAAAACUCGAUCUUUACCGACAGAAGCUUCGUUCUUGUUUAACGAAAUGGCCAUGACAGUUGAAGGCUUGCUGGUCUUGCUUUUAUGUUUUCGGCUAGCAUUCUACUACAGAUAUUGGCUUGUGCAAUAUACAAUAAUUGGUGGCCGAUGCUAUCAGCUCUCAUGUAUGUGCUGGUCCCUAUGCCUUGCUUAUUCUUUGGGGGUGGGUCCACUCAGUUUCUGACCAGCAGGGAUGGUGGGGGUUGGAUAGAUGCUGCUAAAUUCCUGACGGGGGCGUCAGCUGUUGGGAGUAUAGCCAUUCCCAUUAUCCUUAGGCACGCUCAUAUGAUUGAAACCGGGGCUAUGUGGAUUGAGUUCACAUCAUUUGUCAUAUUUGUCUGCACUGUCAUGUGUUUUCACCGUGCUAGCCUAGAAGACGAGUGGUGAUUGAUGCCACACUAGCUAAAUGCUCUUGUUCGGUGGACAAGUUGCCAUAUGAUCCAUAUGCAUAUGCAUAUGCAUGGGAAAAGAAACUUAUAAUUUCCCGUUUGUAAAUCCUUCGUAUUUAUAUCUUCCAAAUUAUAUUAUGAGUUAUCCGUGUUUGGUUGACUUACCUUGUACGUCCACAUUAGGUUCUGUUUUAAACGGGAUAUGCUCUUAUCGUUCUUAUUUCUGAAUUCAGUUCCAGUAUUUUUAUA